AUUACAGACUACUGUCUACACUUGUACACAGUGAUUUAGUGAUGAUAAAAAUAUGCAAUAUCCUACAGUGUACUAUCUCAGCGCGAAAAGUCAAGUCGGAAUGCCGGAGACUAUUACAAUAUUAUAUUGAAUUAUUAUUAUUGCCAAAUUCCCGUCCGCUUUUCUAUAACAAUAUACGGUAUACCUACCUAGUCGUGGUGUACGAUGGAAAAUAUGUUGUCGGUCGAUUGUAUGAAGCUGAUGGACUCUCUGUUCGGUUUGGACGAUUAUUAUACGGAUUGUUUCAAAGAACAGCAAAUGAUGGGUGAAGUUUAUGCGACGUUCGCCAAGAAAACCACAGGCCAAAGCAAGUUUUUGUACACUUACGGUUUACUGAAGGAACACAAAAAGUUGCCGGACAAGUGCGACCUGACGAAGAACUCCAAGAGUAAUAUGAUUGCCCGAAAGAUACGUGCCGAAGGCAACGAGUUCUUCGCAUCAAAGGAUUAUGUCGGGUCUCUGUGCGUUUACAAUAUUAGCGUGAUGGCAGCAGUGGUCGAUAGUGCGGACUUCACGUUGGCCGUGGCCAACCGUUCGGCCGCACUUUAUUACUUGGACGAGUACGAUGCGUGUAUAAGCGACGUACGCUAUGCGUUGGGCAACGGGUAUCCUCCGGAAACGGCUUACAAACUUUACGAACGAGAAGGCAAAUGUCAUUGGAAACUAGGGAGAACGGCUCAGGCUAAAGACAAAUUCCAAGAAUGUUUAAAACAUUUGGCACUUACACGGUUAUCUGAAGAUAAGAAAACGAUUGUAAAAACACAACUCGAAAAGUUAUUAUCCGAGCCCAUCGCCGAGCAAAGAAACCAAGACGAAAAGAAAAUUCCUAUCGCGCUGUUAGGUGGACCGAACAAAAGUAUACCGGCGUUAUCAAAAUUGGUUAAAAUCAAAUAUUCAGAAUCUAUGGGAAGGUGUUUGUAUGUUACAGAUGACAUUCAACCAGGUGAUGUUCUUGCAAUUGAAAAACCUUAUGCCGGUGUUCUGAGAAGUGAAUCACAUUUACAUAAUUGCCGAUACUGUUUCAAAAGAUGCUUAACGGGUGUACCAUGUACCAAAUGUACAUCGGUAAUAUAUUGUGACAACUCGUGCCGCCAAAAAUCAUUUGAAAGUGGUCACAAGUACGAAUGCCCGAUAUUUAUAACUUUUACAGAGUGGCCCGGUAUAGACCAUAUGGAAUAUUUAUCGCUGUACAUAUUCUUGAAGACUGUUACGAAACUUGGACUGGAGAAAUAUGUUGCCCUCGUAGAAUCUUUAAAAGUUGAUACGACUGAUCCGAUGACGAGAGGCUUUAAUAGUUUUGGCAAGUAUAUGUCCGACCAGUUUUGUUCUGCAUACUCGUUGGAAGGGAAUGAAGCUAGAAGAACGGUUAGCGAUUUAUUCAUCAGACAUUGUUAUGCAUCAGUUAUGGUGUCCUGUUUGAAAUUAUCCGGACUCGAAAUACCUGAUCGUCUGCUCGGUGUCGUUGGCGAGUCGCUGGUGCAUAUCAUUUGCGUAGUUGCUUCCAAUGCUCAUGGAAUCGAUCAGCCGCCGACGAACAAAUCGUGGACUCUGCCUGGAAUGACAGAGGAAAUGCCAGUCGCUUCAUUAUUGUUACCUACGUUAAGUUUGCUAAACCACAACUGCGAUCCGAACGUAGUGAGGCAUAAUUAUAACGGCACAGUAGUUCUCCGAGCUAUUCAACCCAUUUCUAAAAACUCACAGUUGUUUGAUAACUAUGGGAAAGUAUAUGCUACCCACCCGAAAGAUGUUAGACAACAAAUGUUAAAGAACCAGUAUUGUUUCCAAUGCAGUUGUCAGUCUUGUGUAGAAAAUUGGCCUACUAAUAGCGUGUUGAAAGACACUCAAAUAUAUCUCGAGUAUCCAUUUUUAAAAAAAACUGAUAAAAGUUUAUUAAUGGACCAGUCGUAUCAAUUGGCCAAGAUAAUUGUAGAAAUGAAAGAUGGAAAAACUGACGGUCUAGAACACUUACAGUUUUUAUAUUCCUUCCUCACACUGUUGUACAACACCGUGAAAAAACCUUGGUUAGAAUAUUGCGAUUGCCAGGAGACGAUCAAGCAAGUUCUUUACAUUACUGCAGACAAGUUUAUUAUAGAACACCACAAUUGACUUAUUUUAUUGCGAUCAGACUAAAAGAAAAUAUCGUCUUGUGGUGAUUUUUUUUUUUUAUUAAGUUUAGUAAACAACAAUUUAAUAUAUUAUCCUUUGUUAUAAGUAUUAAUUUUUCGAACAAAGAAAUUUUAUAACUAUAAAAUUUUUGUUUUAUAAAUCAUAUUAUUUUAUUUGAGGUCUCGUGUAAACGU